AUGAGCACCGCUAUCGAGAGGGACACUCCGAUUCUCCACCGCGAGCCGUACAGUGAGAAGCGAGAAGAUUCUGUGGAGGACGCAAAGCUCGAGGAGGAGAAGGAGGACAGAUAUGAGGACCAUGAUGUCUCCAGACCUUUCCCUCCUGAUCCUGAUGAGUGGGAAGAAACUCAUCAACUAUCUUUCAGGGCUAUCUUUGUUGGUUGUGCAUUGGGCGCUAUUGUUGGAGCAUCCAACAUCUAUCUCGGUCUGAAAACGGGAUUCACUUUCGGUGCCCAAUUGUUCGGAGCUAUCUUUGGUUUUGCAAUUUUGAAAGCCAUGUCCAAGGCCUUGCCAGAGAGUGGCAUCCUCAGCUUCUUGGGAGGACCAUUUGGACCUAAGGAGAAUUGUACAGUCCAGUCAGCUGCUACCGCCGCUGGUGGUCUCGGUAUCCUGAUGGUCAGCGCCGUCCCAGCCAUGUAUACCCUCAACCUUCUUUCCGAUGACCCUUCGAAAGACAUUGGGAAACUCAUUGCGCUAACUUCUUGUGCUGCGUUCUUUGGUGUCUUCUUCGUCAUUCCUUUGAGGAAAUAUUUCAUUGUGCACCAAAAAUUGACGUUCCCGACACCUGCCGCCACUGCUUAUACCAUUCGAUCUCUUCAUCGCGGCAAAUCCGGUGCCAUUGCUGCCCGCAAGAAAUCGCUUGCUCUGCUGUACUCCUUCAUUGCCGUCUUCGUCUACAAGGUUGUUAGUGGAUAUGCUCCCGGCAUUCUCUUUGACUGGCAUAUCGGUUGGACUCUCUACCGUCUCGGUUUCACCAGCAUGAUCAACCUUGAGAACUAUGGAUGGUGGAUUCAAUUUACACCUGCCUUCUUUGGUGCUGGUAUGCUCAGCGGUUUGAACGCGAGUUGGAGUUUCUUCGGUGGAACCAUUCUUGCUUGGGGAAUCAUUUCGCCAUCUCUGGUCAAGAACGGACUUGCCUUCGGAAAGCCUAUCAGCGAUGAAUAUCCUCUCGUUACAUACAUGUCGAUGUCACUAUCAAAUCCCGACCUGUAUGCAAGGGAACCUUCGCCACGAUAUUGGCUUUUGUGGCCCGGAGUUCUCAUCAUGUUGUUGUAUUCCUUCGCCGAUGUCGUCAUCACCCUCAUCCCCAUCGUUCGCAAUAUGCAAAUUCCUUCCUGGAACCCCCGUACUUGGCUCCACUCUGAUCCCAAUGCUGAAGAUGAGGAUAAGACACCCAUUGAGGAUCGCAUUCCCGUUUCCUGGUGGGCAACCGGUUUGGUUCUGAGCACUGUCAUGUCCUGUGCCAUUCUUGCUACUCAGUUCCACAUGAACGUUGGCGAGGCCAUUCUUGCUCUCGUUCUAGGUUUCCUGUUCUCUUUCAUCGGUAUUCAGUCCUCCGGAUACACUGAUGUCAACCCCGUCUCUACUGUCGCCAAAGUGUCCCAGCUCAUCUUUGGAGGUAUCUCCAAGAGCACCGGUCUUGCAACUCUCCCUGCGCAGACCCUUAACAUGACUGCUGGUGUUAUCGCUGCUGGAUCCGCUGCCCAAGCCACCGAUAUGACUGGAGAUCUCAAGACCGGUUACCUCCUCCGCGCCAAACCCAAGAACCAGUUCAUCGCACAGCUUUGCGGUGCCGUAGUCUCCGUCUUCUUGACUUGCGGACUGUUUGUUCUCUUCACCAAGGCUUCACCUUGUAUCAUUCACCCUGUUGAAGACGGCCCCCCUUGUACAUAUGGUGCUCCAUCCGUCGCCGCUUGGGCCGCUGUCGCUAUUGCUGUUACUGCUCCAAAAUUGCCUAUCCCUCCUUCCUCGGGCUACACCGCUAUCGGCCUUGGUAUCUUCAGCGUUGUUUGCCUAGUUGUCAAGACCUACUUCGUGCCCAAAAAAUACUGGCCUUAUUUCCCUAACUGGAACGCCGUCGGUCUCGCCUUCGUCGUACCUAACCUCUACUAUUCAAUUGCCAUGGCUGUUGGAUCAAGCUUCAAUUACUUCUGGAUGCUCCGCAACCCCGCUGGCUAUGAUAUGUACAUGUUUGCUGUCUCGGCCGGUAUGCUUGCUGGCGAGGGUCUCGGUGGUGUCCUCCAAGCCCUUCUCGCUAUUGCAGGUGUCGACGGUGGAGCCUACGGCACUGCCAUCGGCUGCCCUGGAAUGGAGUUCUGUGGUUAA